CUCUGCCUUAUUCGUUAAACUACCUGAGAUCAGCAUGUUUUCAUCCCAGAGACUGUCAGAGACCUGACAGUUUAACUGGAGACACAGCGAGAACUGUCUGAAAGACAACUAAAAGAGAGGAUUCGGGGAAGGAAGUCAGAGAAAAGAUCGCAUUCAGAGUGAGAGGAGACGGACACCAAAAAAUCAGAGUCGGUUCAAUCUAGACCGGAUAGGCAGACUCGAGGAUGAAGAUCCGCGUGAUGCAGAUUUGGGGCUUCCUGAUGGCGGUGCUGGGCUGGAUCUUCGUGGCGUGCUCCAUGGCGAUGGAGGGCUGGAAGAUCGCUUCCAUCGGGGGCAUGGGCGGCUCUUCAAUCAUAAAGGUGGCCUGGUACUGGUCCAGUCUGUGGAGGUCCUGUUUCACAGAUUCUACCUCCGUCUCCAACUGCUACGACUUCCCUGUGCUCUGGUCUGUGGAGGACCAUGUCCAGGUCGUGCGUGGCCUGCUGAUGGCGGCUCUGGUAGUAGGAAUGCUGGGCUUUGUGGUGAGCCUCAUCGGAAUGGAGUGCACCUUCAUCGGGGGCAAAGACAAGUCCAAGCACAAGAAGAUCUUCUUCGGAGGAUUCUGUCACAUCACCAGUGGAAUUCUGUCCACGUUUGGAUAUGCUGUCUACGCAAUAUACGUCUCUGGGGAAUACUAUAACCCUGGUCUGGAUGGAUUACAGUAUGAUCUGGGGACUCCUCUGUUUCUUGGCUGGGUGGGGUCAGCAUUUCAGUCCACCGGGGGGACGUUCUACCUGGUCUCGGUGUGCAAGGUGCUCUGUGACGAUGAGCCGGUCAGGGUCCCUCCUGCGCUUCCAGAGGAAGCAAAGUCACUGUCCUCUGUGUCCGUGAUCACCUCCAAGACCAAAGUUUCCACCGUGUCCGAGUUGUCUUCAAAGUCCGCCCUCUCCAAUGUCUCAGCCAUCUCCUCGGCAUCCGCCCGGCCGUCUCCUGGACGGUCGUCCAGUUCGGGGCGGUCCGAAAGGUCUUCGGGGUCAAGUCGCACGCUCGGGUCGAGUGGGUCGGAGCGCUCCCGGUCGAGAAGCAGCAGCAGAUCAGUGUCUUCUUUGUCCGAUGCGUCGAGGAGGAGCGAGAAAGGACAAUUCAUAAAGAACUCCUAUAUCUGACCUGUCAGGGUCAGAUGUAAUUUCCUCUCGUCGGCGAUGGGCCUCAGGCUCAGUGAGUGAACAUAAUAGCACCAGUGACCAUCCUAGGGAGACAAAUGCCUGUGUGUACAAUCGGGUUAUGUAUAGAUAUUGUAGUAAUGAAGACAGGUGGUUGAAUAGUGGAUGCCCUUCAGUGAAGAGAUUGUUCUGUCUGAUACUAAGGUCAUAUCCUUACUCAGGAAUUCCUGUUAAAAUGAUUCGGUUUUAUUUGAGGUUGAGAUGGUAAAUGUUUUAUCUGAUUCAAAUUCAGAUUCAUGUCAUGAAGAAAUGUAUUUGACUAACACUGUUCAAUGGGACUUUCUGUAAUCCUCAGUAUCUGUAUUUGUACUAAAAUAAUAAUAAAUAAAAAAACCUUUCUACA